AUGGCUACGUCUACUCUCAUUCCAGAAAAUAUCCUGCUGUGGUACGCAGGCAAAAGUACUACGGAGCGGGUCACUUACGCCAUGGAAAUCCUGGGUGUAGGGAUCGCCGUUUAUUGGAUUUUUCUGGCCACAUACCGGCUUUACUUCCACCCGCUCGCCAAGUUCCCAGGCCCGCCCAUCCGAGCCAUUACGGGCAUGCCUUACCUGUACCAGAGCUACGUUGAAGGGACUUUUGCGAGAAAGGUCAGGGCCCUGCACGCCGAGUAUGGCAACGUGGUACGGGUGGCGCCCAACCGACUAGCUGUAGAUGGCGUCGUGGGGUGGAAGGAUGUGCACGCCGUCCGAGCCCCCAAUCCCGAAAUGCCAAAACUGCCAGGCUAUUACGGCCCGGACUCUCACCGAAGCCUUGUGGCCUCGCCCACACGCGAGGGGCACCAGCGCCACCGUCGAGCACUUGCCUACGGCUUUAGCAACACAGCCAUGCACGAGCAGGAGCCUGUCAUCACUUACUAUGUCGAUAUGCUGAUCCGCCAACUGUCCAAGAGGUCCAAAGAGGGUCCUCUCGACAUGGCCAUGUGGUUCAACUUUCUGAGUUUUGAUGUGGUUGGUGAUCUGGCAUUUGCAGAUUCAUUUCAAAUUCUGAAGAAGGGCAAAUACCAUCCCUGGACUAGCAACCUUAUCAAGGGUAUUGAAGGCGCAACUCUGAACCGUUUCUUCCUCUUCUCCUCACCAAUUCUAGCCCCAUUGGCACUGCUAGACUUGAACGGCACCAUCAAGACCUUUUGGGAAAACCGUCGCAUUGCCGAUUCCAAGACCAAAGCCCGUAUCGAUCUAGGUCCCGACCCCCCAGUUCAAACCGACCUCAUCGGCCGCGACGGAAAACCGGUUGUCCGUAAAGAUUUUGUCGGCUACAUGCUGCGCUUCAACCAAAAAGCCAGCAAUGAGGCGCUUUCCGAGGUCGAGAUGAAGCGCAACGCCAACAUCAUCAUGAAUGCCGGUAGCGAGACCACGGCCACGGCCUUGGCUGUGCUCACCUUCAUGUUCUCUCUGCCCGAGAACCGCAUCUGGAUGGAGCGUGCCACUGAAGAAGUUCGCAAGACCUUCAAGAGCGAAGACGAAAUCAACCUCCACUCCGUUUCCAACGAGCCCUUGCCUAUAUUGCGUGCCUGCUCCGAGGAGGCCCUUAGGUUCCACCCGCCGGCCCCUGACAUGCCUCCGCGUCUUUGCCCUGGUGGUACCGUCGGCGGCUACUAUGUACCAAAAGGAGCCAUUGUCCAAGUCUCUCAACUCGCCACAUACCACAACCCUGACCACUUCCUGGAAUGCGACGACUUCCGACCGCAGAGGUUCCUACCGCCAGAUCACCCACUGUACGAAAAGAGGUUCGCCAACGACAACUUUUCAGUAUUCAAGCCCUUUAGCUACGGCAACCGAGACUGCAUGGGCAAGAACCUGGCCUACAUCGAGAUGCGAUUCGUCAUGUGCCGGAUCCUGUUCCGCUUCGACUACCUCGGCUUGGACUACAAGGGCGGCGCCACCGACCAAUGGCUGAAUGAGCAUCGUGCCUUUAUCGUGUGGAAGAAGCCGCCUUUGAUGGUCAUUUUCAGGGAGAGGGAGGGAUUGGUACCUUUGGAGCCUCCCAAGGACGAGGAUGAUUCAUGA